GCUAUCUAAUUCUCUUACGGGACAACAUGAUUCCCCGUGCCAUAGGUUGGGUGUGUGUUGUUACCGGAGUUGUUGAUCAUGUCUAACUUUGGAAACUAGUAAAAUGCGCCGAUGGAAAAGUAAAAAAUCGACAACGGAUGAUCAGCUUGUUCGAGAAAGUUCCGAAUCAGAUGGUAGCGAUCAAUUCAAUGCUAACAAGACGUCCCAAACAUCAACUCUACACGUCAAGACAGUCUCAGCUGAUCCCGUCCAGAAUAGAAAGAUCGCCAGGUGUAGCGCAAGCAGCGACAUAACUUCUCGUGAUGAUUUACCAGAUGGGUCUUGUUUUAGCCGAAUUGUCCAAAUUGGAAAGAACCAAGGCAAAAAAACUUUCAGCGCAAGCGAAUCAUCCGUCAGAAAAUGUUCGUAUGUUGGAAGUUUCUCGGUAGCUGGAAGUGACCACACGUCACGAGCCGAAUUUGUGAGAGCUCAACUGGAAAAGAUGAGGAAUCAAUCAAAAAGAUAA